CGUUUCCAUGGUGAAGGGUAGCGCACACGCUGCGGUCUUAUCGUGAGAUCCGAGCUCCGUCUGUGUCCGAGUUUCUCUUUUAUCAGCGACUAUCACCUGUAGCAGACAACGGCUGAGGGAGGGAGCGACACCUCUAGCUGUUGCAUCAUCAUCGUUGGCUAAGCUGGAUGUCAAAUGGAUUUACUAAAAAGUUGAGGUUUAAACUCAAGUUUUAGGAGCGAAAGAUCCCAUCAGCAGAAGGAAAGACAGAUCUGAUCGAUGAAGAAACUGUAAGCGACUGUAGAAAGAGAUGAUGAAUCGCUACACCACCCUGAAGCAGCUGGGUGAUGGCACCUAUGGGAGUGUCCUGAUGGGGAGGAACAACGAAUCUGGAGAAUAUGUGGCCAUCAAGAGGAUGAAGAAGAAGUUUUAUUCAUGGGAAGAGUGCAUGAACUUAAGAGAAGUGAAGUCACUGAAGAAGCUGAACCACGCGAACGUGGUGAAACUAAAAGAGGUCAUCAGAGAGAACGAUCACCUCUACUUUGUCUUCGAGUACAUGAAGGAGAACCUGUAUCAGCUGAUGAAGGACAGAGAAAAUAAGAUGUUCUCAGAAAAUGAAAUUAGGAACAUCCUGUUUCAAGUGCUGUCUGGGUUGACUUUUGUACAUAAGCAUGGUUUCUUCCAUCGCGACAUGAAGCCAGAGAAUCUGUUGUGUAUGGGGCCAGAACUGGUCAAAAUAGCAGAUUUUGGUUUGGCCAGAGAGAUCCGCUCCAAACCUCCGUACACAGAUUAUGUCUCAACCAGAUGGUAUCGUGCUCCAGAGGUUCUGCUCAGAUCAUCCACUUACAGCUCUCCUAUUGACUUGUGGGCUGUGGGCUGCAUCAUGGCUGAACUCUACACAUUCAGGCCCCUUUUCCCAGGAAACAGUGAAAUGGACGAGAUCUUUAAGAUCUGUCAAGUGCUGGGCACGGUGAAAAAGACUGACUGGCCAGAAGGAUACCAACUAGCAUCUGCCAUGAACUUCCGCUUCCCCCAAUGUGUGCCCACCCAUUUAAAGACCCUCAUCCCUAAUGCCAGCAACGAAGCUAUUGCCCUGAUGAAGGAUUUCCUGCAGUGGGAUCCCAAGAAAAGGCCAACCGCUGCACAGGCCCUGCGUUACCCGUACUUCCAGGUGGGUCAGGUCUUGGGACCUCGGCCUCAAAGCCAGGAGCUAAAAAAGAUGCAGAACAGGUCGAUGGUCAAGAAGCAGGUUUCUGAGUCCAAAACAGAUCCCCUGCAGUCCUCAUCAGAGUCCAAAACUUCUGCCACCACCUCCUCCAGAAACCACCAGCCUCUUCAGCAGAUCUCCGUGCCUCAGACGGACAAUCAGCCAGGAGGACUCGGCCACUCGAAGGCAGCGUUGGCUGACGUUGAGAACAGCAAUGGGGGCAGUGGGACGGGGCUGCUGAAGAGCGGCCGGCGUCGCUGGGGACAGACGGCUGUCAAGACUGCAGACAGCUGGGAAGAAUCUGACCAAUCAGAGUCGGCGGUCUCCAACUCAAAGAAGCCCAGCCUGGGCAACGCAGACGAGGACGGGAAUGUUAAAGAGCAGUGUCCUCAGCCAAAGGAACAGAAACCUCUGUACUCCUUCAGCACCGUUACCAAGCUGCCGAGCAACGUCAAGGUUGGUCAAACAGAUUCCAGCCUCCCUGGGUCUGCAGCGAGGCAGCACUAUCUCAGCCAGUCCCGUUAUUUGCCAGGCUUGAUUGGCAAGAAUGAAACGUCUUCUGGAGAUAAGGACUUGGGUGGUAUGACACUGCGGGACCUGUGGGAGAACUCCUCAAACGCUUUAAAUAAACCAUUAGCUCCUAUUGGAAAAGGAUUACAUUUCAGCAGAGCAAACGCAGAAGAGAACUCCGCUAAAUCCUCGGAUAGCACGCCGGAGAAAACGGUUGUCAAAGAAAGAAUACUGGAGAAAAUCGACUUGUCUAAAGGUAAUUUUGUGAGCACCAAGUACAACCUCUCCACCGGUUACAUCCCAUCCCUGCUGAAGAAAGAGGUGGGCUCAGUGGGACAGAGAAUCCAGCUUGCCCCUCUGGGCGGCCAGCACACAAUCAGCCCCUCUUCUUCUUCGCCUGAUAAUAAAAAAGAAAAGAAUAAAUCUGCAAAGCUCAAACCCAUAUCCAACUCAUCACAGAAUGAAGCUGCUGAAGAUUUCGAGGGCUGGAGGAGGCGUACGGACUGGAAUCAGGUGAAAGGGAGCAGCUAUGCAGCUCUGGGGAAGACGUCAGGAAAUCUGCUGAGCAAAGCGCCAGCUGUCCAAACCGUGCACGGCAGGGUGGACUGGACGUCCAAGUACGGCGGAAAUCGAUAGGUCGAUGGGGAAAAACAUCAGGACAAGUUCUUGUUCAAAAACCCUGACAGGAUUCUGCAGAUGGGCUUAAAAAUGGUCUGUUUUGGAGACAAUGAUUGCCAAUAACAAACGUGCUUGGAUAUUUUGAAAGACAUUUAAAUGUAGCAAACUUUUCUUUGUUGCAGGUUCGUUGCAUUGAUUUCACUUGCUGAUAAAUUUUAAAAAAGCUAUUUUUCAUUGAGAAACUUUUAAAAAAGCUAAAGUUUCAGCUUAUUGAUAAUAUAGAGGGCAUUAAAGUGUUAUGUGAGGAUGAUACGACAUAUUUGUAUGAAACACUGAAUGUGGAUUUUGUAAUUUUGUAUGAAUAAAUAUGUAAACAUUAA